AUGACGUCGUCGAUGUUUUCAUAUUUAGUGAUUAUUUUCGGUGCUCUUAUUUUAGGAGUAUUUUCUGCUAAUCAAGGUUCUGUUCGAAUCUGUAAUAGAGGAGCAUAUGUAGCUAAAUGUGGUCUAAAUUCACGAACUGCCGAUGGUCGUACUCGUUCAUAUGACACGGGAAAAUUUCUAGCUGGUCAAUGCUUUUCACUUGAACUACCGUAUGAAGCUGUAUGGGGUCAGGUUUGGUGUGAUAAUUAUGUCUUCAUUGGUAUUACUAAACGUAUUUUUCAAGAAGAUUUUAAUGCUCCAUCUGUUCGUUGUUAUGAUAUUACUGGAACAACAUUUCAUCCAGGAAGAAAUGGACCAAAUUGUUAA